AUGGGGAAACAGAACAGCAAACUGGCCCCCGAAGUCAUGGAGGACCUGGUGAAGAGCACCGAGUUCAACGAGCAUGAGCUAAAGCAGUGGUACAAGGGGUUCCUCAAGGACUGUCCGAGCGGGAGGCUGAAUCUGGAGGAGUUCCAGCAGCUGUACGUGAAGUUCUUCCCUUACGGAGAUGCCUCCAAGUUCGCACAGCACGCCUUCCGCACCUUUGACAAGAAUGGUGACGGCACCAUCGACUUCCGAGAGUUCAUCUGCGCCCUGUCCAUCACCUCCCGGGGCAGCUUUGAGCAGAAACUGAACUGGGCUUUCAACAUGUACGACCUGGACGGUGACGGCAAGAUCACCCGGGUGGAGAUGCUGGAGAUCAUUGAGGCUAUCUACAAAAUGGUGGGCACCGUGAUCAUGAUGAAAAUGAAUGAGGAUGGCCUCACGCCCGAACAGCGAGUGGACAAGAUCUUCAGCAAGAUGGAUAAGAACAAAGACGACCAGAUUACACUGGAUGAAUUCAAAGAAGCUGCAAAAAGCGACCCUUCCAUUGUACUACUCCUGCAGUGCGACAUUCAGAAAUGA